AUGAACACGAAUUUCCUUGCGUUUGGGGGACAUGCCUGGAACGUGAUCCGUUCUGAGUGUGACCAGAUUCUUUUCGAGCAUGCUGGAAAUAGCGGCGCCAAAGCAUUUGACGGAGUCAAGGUUAACGCUAUUGAAUUCAAGUCAAGUGGCUGCCAGGACGGCCAUGGUGAUUCAAGUCCAGCACGCCCCGUGUCAGCUUCCUGGAUAACCAAGGACAAAAGUGCCAGCGGUACAAUUAAAUUCAAGUACCUGGUAGAUGCUAGUGGCCGAGCCGGUCUGGUCAGUACCAAGUACAUGAAGAAUCGGCGAUACAACGAAGGUCUCAAAAAUAUCGCGACUUGGGGAUAUUUCGAAAAUGCUGGAAUAUAUGGUACGAGUACUCCCGCAGAAGGUGACCCGUUUUUCCCUCGGCUCAAAGAUGGAACCGGCUGGGCGUGGUUUAUUCCUCUCCACAACGGCACAACUUCGAUCGGCUUGGUCAUGCAACAGACCAGCUUCACGGCUAAGAAGAAGGCGAUGAAGUCGCCGAAUACAAAGGACUUCUUCCUGCAGCACGUCCACGAAGCCCCGAUGAUUUCUGAACUACUGGAGAACGCCAAACUCGUGUCAGAAGUCAAGUCCGCCACUGACUGGUCUUACAGCGCCACAAGCUAUGCUAGCCCUUAUGUACGCAUUGUUGGAGAUGCUGGGUGCUUUAUUGAUCCUCUCUUUUCAUCGGGUGUGCAUUUGGCAUUCACUGGAGCUCUUUCUGCUGCUGCCUCCAUCUGUGCAGCGAUAAAAGGCGACUGCACCGAAGAGACGGCAGCCAAUUGGCACUCGGAGAAAAUUAAAGAAGCCUACACGCGAUUCUUGCUUGUGGUGACCAGUGCGUACGCGCAAAUUACGGGGCUGGAGAACCCAAUAUUGAAUGAGUAUGACGAGGAAAACUUCGAUCGUGCCUUCAGCUUCUUCCGACCCAUUAUUCAAGGAACUGUGGAAGUCGGUGGAGAAAAGUUGAGUGCUGAAGAUGUGGCCGAUUCAGUGGAAUUUUGUAUGCGGGUGAUUCGUAAGGUGGACGGCACUAUGAAACCGACCUCGAAUGGAAAGGAGCUAGGUGAAGAUGAGCUUGGCGAGCUGACUUGUGAUCGCAUUAAGAAGGCGGAGCUCAAGUCGGAUCUGAACAAAUUCAGUGUUGAUGUUGUACAUGGGAUGACGGUCAAUCUUCAGCAGGGAGCCCUGGGACUGAUGCAAGCUGCUUUAUAA